CAUACACUGGCAGAGCUCCUGUCUGCAGUGGGUAGGACAGUACACAGCCGCCUGGGGUUUCUUAACUACUCCAUUAAAGUGCUUUGUCGGAACGAGAGAGAGAGAGAGAUCCAAAGUGUCCUGACACAAGAAGACGAGGGGAAACAUUUGCUUUUGGUAUUUUCUUGCUGUGUACCCAGAGGAAAGAGAUGAUGGAGACCAAACUCUGGACCGUCCUUUGUGCGCUGCUGCUGGUUCUUAACUUGGGAUCCGCCGACCAUGUGGGUGAUGGCCAUGCUGCUGCUACAGAAAGUGCUGGUGGUGCUGAGGUGGGAGGCAGGGAGCCCCCACCUGCAGAGCCUGUGCCUGCUUCUCGCCUGGGACACAACAGUCAUGCUGCCCCAGCACUAAACGGCUCUGACACGAAUCGAAGUUCCAAUGGCACCAGCAGUUUGAGCAGCAACACAACUAAAGUUGGGGAAACCGUCUCUCAGAUGAACGAACCAACGAAAGAAAAUGAAACCAGCGUCGUCCUUCCCUCAGUGUCCGUCGUUCCUCAAACCACUGUGAACCCAACUGAAGCAUCAGAGCCUCGAAUUCUUCCCCCUGAGAGCCACGCCACCACCUCUCACAUCCCCCCUGCCACCACCACCAGCAUUACAAGCCCCCCACACACAGCUCAGAAUGCCCCUGUGGACACACCGACCACCAACACAUCAAACCAUUCUGCACCGCUACCUCCUCACUCCACGUCAACCUCACAGCAGCCCACCCACCCCAAUAUACACGCAUCCACUUCUGCCCCAACAGCAAAGCCUGAAACUACCACCACUACCAGUACCACUACCAGCACCCAGUCCAGUUCAACAUCCAGCACUAGCUCCUCGCAAGAGCCUCACAGUUCUGUGUCGCAGACGCUGACAUCACCACACACUUCACAGUCCGAGGGACCCCGAGAUCUACCAAAGUCCACUGUCACCCCGCCGAGCAACAUCUCCGCCCAGUCCAAAGCCCAUGCUGACUCCCCGUCUCAGCUCAACGUUGGGGGUGACACGACGAUGGUCCACGAGUCUCCCACAUUAGACCCUCUCCUGGCUGGGCUGGUGUCAGCCUUCAUCAUCACUGCUGUCAUCAUCACUCUGCUCCUCUUCCUCAAACUGCGCCGAAGAGACAGCCGACCAGAGUUCCGCAGGCUGCAGGACUUACCUAUGGAUGAUAUGAUGGAGGACACACCCCUGUCCAUGUACAGCUACUGAUGGAGCCUUGGCACCUAAAGAGUCUCCUUCAAUCUAGGCUCAUGCCGCAGCGUUCUGCACCACACAGAAAGAAUCCUGGGUAGCUGUGAGCAAAUUUCUGGUUUGCUUUCAUUUAUCCAGAUCACUGAAAUGUAGGAAAGGACAUGAUUGGAGCUGCAAUGGACAAUGAAGACAUCACACACGAUGGGGUCCCUUUGGAAAAAGUCUAUUUUGAUGCCAGUAAUUACAAAUUAGGCCAACGCCUCUGUUCAAUGCUGUAUGCUUAAUAUUACCCAGCCCAUCUUUUGGGGCUGCAUAUUAUACUUUGAUUUCCCUAGAGAUGAAAAGUGUAGGUGUGAAGCACAAGGCAACAUCGUCAGAUAUGUCCGCCAAUGUGAUGGCUUACACCUGGAUACAGAUUCAGCCUGUCCCUCCUGACUCUUAGCAGGGGGGCACUGGUAUAAUUUCCCUUUAUCUAGUUUGUGUUGUAAAGUCUGGCAGACAAAAGGUCUAGCAAUCAGACUGAGAGGCCAGAGAAGAGGAAAAAACGGCCUGGUUAUAGAGUUAAUGAGGUUGCACUUUACUUUUUCAGGAGUGUAAAAAAAAAAGUGGAGAGGAUAUUUUUGUGUAUGAGAAAAAAAAAAAGUUUUGCGUGCGUAUGUAGAGUAAGUGCAGGCACAGCCGCCUGUCUGUUUUUAGGUGCGUGUGCAUGUGUGUGAGGAUGUUAAGGGUGCAUGUAUGGUUCUUUUGGAGGCAUGGCAGGGGAUAUUUAAAUUUUUUUUUUUAAGUCUGUGGUAAAGGCCCUGCUGCCUUUACGCCUGAGUUUGUUAUGUGCAGUGUUUUGUUUUUUGUUUCUUUCCUGGAGUCUUCAGUCUAGGAGAGAGUGCCUUACACAGUGUAGGAACAGCUUUUAUUGUAUACUGUGUUUAUAUUGCAACUAACUUUCAGAUUUACCAGUCACUCCCAGUAUUUUGUGUGAUUCCCAUUUAAACGCACACUCAGGGCCAGGAAGCUGCUCUGACUUGUCUGUGUUUGAAGACUACCCCUGAGUGUGUUCAACAUGAGGCAACCAUUCAUUCGAUGACAGUCGCAGACUGAAAUUGGCCAGUGGCCUCUCCACACAAUGUUAGCAUUGUCCCGUGCAUUGUAAAUACUACUGAUGAAAGCAACACAAUAAGACAACUUUAUGAAACUCUUCAUCUUAGUGGCUCCUUUAGCUUUCACCAGUCACAAACAUACGACAGAUGUUACAUGGAGUGACCUGACAGCACCUUGUUCCCAGUUGGCAGGUACAGAAAUAUUCCUUUAAUUUUACUGUUUAUAAGCCUCGCUGUAUUUUUGCUUUGCACAUGUGCAGGAAAAUGUGAGCGUAAGUGAGACACAAACAGGACAACAGAAUGACUCCCAUCACCCACCCACCCAUUAAUUUUUGUGCCAUGAAAACCUUCAGAUGGGUGACAAAUUAAAUGAAAAACACAACAGAAAAUUGCCUUAGUAAGGUGCUGAUCCCCCACAAUGGCUUCAAUGCUCCUUGUCUACAUUCCCUCAUUUGGUGGAGCACCGUCUAACACCCUGCUCCAAAUUCUCCCAUAGGUGUUUGGUUGGGUUGAGCUCUGGGGGAAUGUGACAGCACACGAUUCACAUCAUUUUCAUACUCGUCAAAGCAUUCACUGAAUCCUUGUUUUUCCUUUCCACUUGUCACCCUUCUGUACAUCCAGUAGACACUUUAGAUUCCUGAAAUAGGGGGAAGUUUGUCUGGAAAGUCCUGUAUUUGUCCAUUUCUUCAAGUGUCAAAAGUAUCCUGAAUACAUAAUGAGGCUUUGCUGCCAGAUGUGGAUUAUGGACUGUUGGUGUUGUUUGAUUAAAGGUAUUUUGAAACCAUA